AAUGAUGCAUGCCUGUAAUCAGCAUCACCUCACCAACGUCCAACCAAUAUCUUGCUGUGGCCGAUGUAGCAGCAGUGUCCACUCUAUUUUUCAGCGUCCAAUUGUAUGUCUCGAUCUCGAUCCAACGCUAGCUAAGCUGUGCUCGUGAUUCUAUUUGUCUUGGAGUGGCCUUCCAGAUGCUAAUCUAUAGCUCCUCCUUCCAGCAUACAUACAUACAACAAGUAAAUUAUCCUCUACUUCGUGUUGGCUUGUUGCACAUACGUACGGCGCUCGGUGCGGCCAUGGCACAGCCGCUGCACUUCGUCCUGGUGCCGCUCCUCGCGCCGGGCCACGUGAUCCCCAUGCUCGACCUGGCGCGCCUCAUCGCCGGCCGCGGCGGCGCGCGCGUCACCGUGGUCCUCACGCCCGUCAGCGCCGCGCGCAACAGGGCCGUCCUGGAGCACGCGCUCCGCGAGGGGCUCGCCGUCGACGUGGCCGAGCUGCAGUUCCCGGGGCCGGCGCUGGGGCUGCCCGAGGGGUGCGAGAGCCACGACAUGGUCACGGAGCUGUCCCACUUCACGCUCUUCUAUGAGGCCGUCUGGCUGCUCGCCGGGCCGCUGGAGACGUACCUCCGGGCGCUGCCACGCCGGCCGGACUGCCUCGUCGCCGACACUUGCAACCCGUGGACGGCCGACGUCGCGCGCCGGCUUGACAUCCCACGGUUCGUGUUCCACGGCCCGUCCGCGUUCUUCCUCCUGGCGCAGCAUAGCCUGGCCAGGCACGGCGUGCACGACACCGACAGCGUCGCCGGUGACUUCGAGCAGUUCGAGGUGCCCGACUUUCCGGUACGCGUCGUCACCAGCAAGGCCACGUCGCUUGGCUUCUUCCAUUUUCCUGGGCUGGAGAAGGAAAGGCGUGACACGCUGCACGCCGAGGCUACCGCCGACGGCUUCGUCUUCAACACGUGCGCGGCCUUCGAGAGCGCGUACACCAAGGGAUACGGAGAGGCGCUCGACCGGAAGGUGUGGGCGGUCGGGCCGCUCUGCCUUCUGGACUCUGACGCGGAGACGACGACCGGAAGAGGCAACCGCGCGGCCGUCGAUGCCGGCUCGGUCGCCACUUGGCUCGACGCGCGGCCGCACCAGUCCGUGCUCUACGUCAGCUUCGGCAGCAUGGCCCGCCUCUUGCCGUCGCAGGCCGCAGAGCUCGCCGCCGGCCUGGAGUCGUCGAAUCGCCCGUUCAUCUGGGUGACGAGGGAGACCGACGACCUCGACGCGGGGUUCGAGGACCGCGUGGAGGGCCGCGGACUUGUCAUCCGUGGGUGGGCGCCGCAGAUGACCAUCCUGUCGCACCCGGCGGUGGGCGGCUUUCUGACGCACUGCGGGUGGAACUCCACGUUGGAGUCGCUCACCCACGGCGUGCCGCUGCUGACAUGGCCGCACAUCGCCGACCAGUUCUUGAACGAGACGCUGGUCGUGGACGUGCUCGGCGCCGGCGUCCGCAUCGGCGUUAAGGUGCCGACCAUGCACGUGUUCCUGAACCCCGAGCUAUAUGCGAAACAGGUCGUGAGAGACGACAUCAAGAAAGCGUUGAGGGAGCUGAUGGAGGAGGGGGCGGAAAUACGAACGACGGCGAAGAAGCUCGCGACGGUGGCAAGGGAGGCGAUGGCGGAGGGCGGGUCGUCGGACCGGGAUGUGGCGGAUAUGGUUCGCCAUGUCGGGGACCUAGCGCACAGGAAGGAGAAGGGCGUGCCCGAGCUUGAAAACAACCAGAAGACAGAUGGUCAAGUCAAACAUUCCUCUGUAGGAUAAUUAAGACAUGUACUGCUCCCUCCGUCUCAAAUUAUUUAUGAAAAAAAGAUAUAUUUAGACGUAUUUUAGUUUUAAAUGAUAUAUUCAUUUUAUUUAUUUAUUUAUUAGUAUGACAAGUUAUUUCAUACGACAUGAAUAACAGGCCGAUAUGGUGAGAGAGGUGUGGAGUACAUCGAUUAUUCUC